AUGUAUAUGUAUCAGAAGCCGAAAAAGCAACAAGUACACUUAUUCUCUCUCUACUACUCUCUCUCAUUUGUUUCGCUACAUCCAUCGGAGCUUCACACCUCUAACAAGGCUCUGCUUCCUUGAAAAUGCUAAAUUAGGGUUUGGAAUGUGGAGAAAGAAUGGAAGGCGCUGAAGAAAACUCCAUGUCGAAACCCUACUCUGUUGAGGGCACACACGAAUCUCACCAAGAACAUCAAAAGGAAUUAGGGUUAGGGUUUCAAUCGACUGAUUCAUCACAUCUUCUUGAUACCGAUCCAGUUCUCGAUCCUCCACCUCUGGCUGAUGAUCUCGAUCAGAGAACGAUGAAUGAAGGGCAUCAGAAUCGGCAAACGAUCAAUGAAGAACUUCAGGAUCAAGAGACCGUUGAAGAGCUUCAGAAUCAGCAGGACUUCAAUGAAGAGCUUUUCUUUCAGCAGAUCAUCAUUGAAGAGUUCCAGAAGUUAACCAUGGAAGAGGAGAAUACAGUCUAUGCGGAUCGUGAAGAGGAUGUUAAGAGCGAAGAGAACGAACUGAGUGAAAGAGAUGUGGAACAUGAAGAGUACGAUAACUGGAAUGAUGGCAACCAAGAAGACAAAAUGGUUAACUAUGAUGAGAACAAGAAUGUGGAAAUGGAUUUCAAGAAUUACUACGAGAGGAAUGACAUUUACAAUGACAAUGACAAGAGUGAGAACGAGGAGGAAGAGGGUUUUGGAGGGGACUCCACAGACAUGGCGGGCUCCAAGGACGGGAAGUAUAGAAGGUACCACUAUCCACUGAGACCUGAUGCCGAGGAUUGUUCCUAUUAUAUGAAAACAGGGAAUUGCAAGUUUGGAUCCAAUUGCAAAUUUAAUCAUCCUCUUAGAAGGAGAAAUCAGGGUGCUAAGGAGAAGGUAAAGGAUAUGGAAGAAAAUACAGAAAGGCCAGGGCAGAUUGAAUGCAAGUAUUACCUGACUUCAGGGGGUUGUAAAUUUGGAAAAGCUUGUAGAUAUAAUCACAGUAGAGGAAAAACUCAAAUAGCUCCAAUUCUAGAGCUUAACUUUCUGGGCCUGCCUAUCCGAUCGGGAGAGAAGGAAUGUCCCUACUACAUGCGUAAUGGCUCCUGCAAGUACGGAUCAAACUGCAGAUUUAAUCAUCCUGAUCCCACAGCAGUUGGAGGAGGUGAUCCUUCUGGAUUUGGUAAUAAUGGAUCUGUUUCACUGCAAGGUGCAUCCCAAUCAUCUGCAUCCUGGUCUUCACCAAGAACGUUGAAUGAGACUGCUCCUUUUGUGCCAAUGCUGUUUCCACCAACCCAAGGCGUUCCUUCAUCUGCAGAAUGGAAUGGGUACCAGGCUCCUGCAUACCCAAUAUCAGAGAGGAGUCUGCCUACGCCUCCAGCAUUUGCCAUGAACAGUACAGUGAUUGAAACCAACUUCUAUGCAAAUCAUCAACGGCAAAUGGUAGUUGAAGAUUAUCCUGAACGACCUGGUCAACCUGAUUGCAGUUACUUCAUGAAAACUGGAGACUGUAAAUUUAGAUCUGGAUGCAAAUUUCAUCAUCCAAAGAGCCGGAUACCAAAGACAACCCAGUGCAAUCUCAGUGACAAAGGCCUGCCACUAAGACCUGAUCAAAACAUCUGCUCACACUACAACCGGUAUGGCAUUUGCAAGUUUGGACCUGCUUGUAAAUUUGAUCAUCCAGUAAAUUAUUCAGACUCAGCUUCGUCAGAAGUGUCUGGAUCAGAUCAUCCUCCUCUCUUUUUGAACUCUGUGAUCGCAGACGGGGCUACAAUGGCCGGCGGUGGAAAUGGAAACUAGCCUCUCAUGCAGCAGCCUGUGUAGAAAUUUUUGAAUGCCAGUGCUCUCUGUCUAGUGUUAAAAUGAUUCUGAGUUAGGAGGAUUUUUAAUUUUUCUUAAACAUUGAACUUCUGUUUUUACUUAUGGGUUAAGGUGCCACAUGCUUUUCAGAGGAUGGCAUGAUAACAUUUAUUAUGUGUUAAAUUAGUACUAGCGCAAGCAAAAUUAGGUCAUGUAAAUUAAAUUUACAUUUAGUUAUUUACCGUUUCAUAUAUGAGUUGAAUUGGGAAAACAUUCGUCAUCA